AUGGCUGGGGCUACAGGAGAAAAUACGGAUAGCUCGGCGGCUUCUCCGAGGCAGCAAGCGAGCAGAAAGCCACCGAAAAAUCGUCUUUCGUGUCAGGUCACUCUUCUCGAUGGAACGGUCUUGAAUACAGAUCAUUUACAAGUGAGUGUCCUCAACGAACUUUUUGCACAGAUUAAGUUUGGUUUGAGCUAUUUCUUUAACAUAUCUUCCCUUCAAGGUUUAUCAUGUUUUAAUGGCUGUUGUAAUAGAAGUUUCAACGCUUAUCAUACUGUCACAAAUUCUGCUCUGACCGUGAAGUUGAGUUCUUGUUCUGUCGACGACUCCACCGCUUAAUAUUGGGAGUUUGAUUCAGGCGACGUUCAGAAGUACUCCAGAUCUGAUUUUUCCUGAUACCCUACUACUAUUCUAGUAGUUCUCUACCGACAGAAGAGAGUGUUCCUUUAAGUGACUGGAAUGAAGAAUAUGCUAUAUAAGGAAAUGGCAGUCUUCCAACCCUCAAGCUUGAAUUGAAACCGAACAAAUUUAGAUUUUGAUGUGGAGCAGUUUUCCGCAAACGCUCAUGCUGAAUAGGACAUUCCGUUUAUCGAACUGAUUCAUUUUCUUAAAAGAUAUAUUUAAAAAUUACUUGCUUUAUCCUGAGAUGUGAUGUAGGGCCGAAAGAGAAACAAGAUGUUUUGUUCUGUUUGAUUGAAUUCGAAUAUAUAAUUUCUAACAGUAUGAUUCAUGGGCAGUUAAAUUCUUCUCUUGUCAUGGUGUUAUAACCUCUUUGUCAGUCAGAAUUGCUGAUUCCUCCGGUGUGAUUGUUUGAUGUUUUUUUUAUCUAGUCUACCGAGGUUGUCGUGGUGUUAAACGGCACUUCGAUCCGAAUGUUUACUUGAGACGCACACUUCUCCUUUCUGCACGUCACAUAUUAUGAUGAUUUUAGAAGCUUUAAUUUAUCGUCGGUGAAUUAAUGUUGGCGUGGAAUAAAACCAACCCCGAACUUACAUAUUAAGGGCAGUUAUCCUACGUUUUUUAUCUUUUUUUUAAAAAAAAUAGAUGAAUCAGCCCCUUGCAUGUAAGCUUACCUGUGCUUAACUUUCUCUCUUAAGAAAACUGCCAAAGGUAUGGACUUGAUGCUCUGGGUUACAACACAGCUGAAUAUUUCAGAAAAAGAGUAUUUUGGAUUACUGUGGCAAGACGGUAAAGGAGAAAAGGUACAAAGCAUUUGCUUGUUUAUGCUUCGGCCUAAAGUUAGUUUUAGCUUACAUGCACUUUAACUUUUUAAUACAAUGUAUCCUUAUACUAGUCUACUGAAGGUAAUACGUCCACCUGGUCUUUAAUCUCACAAUUAUUUUCCUCGAUUGAUGUUUAGUCUAGAUGUUUAUCAUCCAACUUUGGCCCAGAGAGCAUUAUAAAAAAUCGUUGCUCACCCAAAACAAGGAAUUUUCUAGUUUGUUUUGUGUUUUGGUAGCAAAUAUUUCACAGUUCUCGUCGCGUGACUUCGCGAUGUUUUUGUGCUAAUAGCGAAGAGAGAAUAAAAGCCUUUCAUGUGUGUACUCAAUAACUGCGCUGAAUAUUCCGUUUAUUCUUACUCCUCAGUACUGGUUGGAUCCUCAGAAGAAAAUAACAACUCAGCUUAAUGGUAUGAUGUAUUAAAAUAUGAAUCGAGAUUAAUUUAUUUCCACUUCCUAUUGAGUAAAUUUUUCCCACGUUUAAAACUCCUCCCUAGCUAAAGAACUUUUGUCAUGUUAAUUUUCAUUUCACUACCCAGACAAUUUGAUUCCAAGAAUAUUGUUAAUAAACUUGUACAAAACAUCGAACGAUCUCUUACUCUCUGUGGUAAAUUUUGUUGUUGUUUUCGUUUUUGAUAGCAUGUUCUACUUUGUUUAUAUUUGUAAACCUGUGAGGUCUUUAUUUUUCAUAAAUUGUCAAGUUCUUCAACUGCAAAUACUGAAUGCAAGAUUAUUAGGGGUUACAAGGCAAAAUUAUUUGCCUCCGAUUUCUGACCUGAUCUUGUUUCAACAGCUAUUGUUAACCUAAACAGAUCAUAGUUUAACCUUUUAAGAGCUUUUGUAUUUUUUAAGGGAAGCUGUUGACAAUGCUUCCUUGCGUGGGUUAGCCUGUUUUGAAUACAGCGAUCUGAAAUGUGAGAUGCUUUGACCAAACUAAUCACCCAUGACCAGUAUUAUUCAACAUACAGUGUAGGUGGUUGAUAAGGUGGUUGUGUAUUUUGGUGUGAAAAAAAAAAAGUUUGUGUAAAUGAAUACAUGGAGCAUUCCCACUCUGCUUGCACGUAGAUAAACAGUAAACAGUUUAGUAUCGUGUGUGUCAACAGCUUCCUGUAACACACUGCGGCUUCUUGUGUGGUACAGUCCACCUUUUUGCGGUGUAUCCUAACUGUUGAAUUCUGCAUCAAUAUAGCUUGUCAGAUCUGUAAUGAUGAUAGAUUGGGGAAAAUUGUUUUUUUCCAUACAUUCUUAAUCAAAUGAAAAUUACAGAUAACUGAUUCUUUACUCUUUAAUUGCAGGGUCACAAUUUGUUUUUUUUAUAUUUUGUUACCUGUUAAUUAUAGGACAUUAUGAUACUGUUAAAAUUUUAAACUUUCUCCUUGGAGUAGCUGUGUAAGAAUGAUCUCACAAUUUGUUUGUGUUUGAGAAAUGUUUUUUCCGGCGUGUAUAUUGUUCUUUAUUUUCAUCUUUGACGUCAGUCUAUGAGAAAAUUCUUGUUUUGAUUAAGAAGCAUUAAGAUUUGUAGCAUAUUGCUCUAUUUACUAUGAAUUAAUAAUUUUAGUAAAUCAGUGUAGAAAAUGUUUUUUCAAUUUUAUGAAUUUUGUUAUAAAGGGACAUUUUUUGUGUGGUUGCAAGUAAUGCUUGAAUCUUGUAUUUUAACUUUGAUCGUUUGCCCAUGAUGUCAAGUAAAUGAGUGCAGAAAACAAAACUGGAUCAGCAAAAACCGUAUGCACUUCCUUCAAAUCCUUUAUGCAUUACAUAUGACGUGGUUCAAAGUUUUCUGUGGUUAAAAAUUUGCAAGCUAUAUUACUUUAAGUUUAUUGUUUUCCCUUUUCUCAAGUUAUGUUUCAAUAAACUUAAUGGUGCUGAGACAAAGGAAGUAGAAUCUAAACUGGUUUGAAAUAAAGAAAAUGUUUUUAAGGCCAAAUAUCCAUGCACGUAUAUAAAUGAUAAAGAUCACAGAUGUGGACAUCGAAAGCUUUUGAAAUUUUUUGCACUGUUUUGCUUUAGGAUUGGAGGUCUUUAGGGUUAAUAUUUAACUCCUUAGUUCUGUUCAUUAAUGGCAAUUGUUUUCUAAUUAGCUUGAAGUAUAAUAUUAGACUUGCAGACUGAAUGUUACAAUAUUAUUUUUGGUUUUGAAGGUGCUCAGCCCAACUUUGCCUUUGUGGUUAAGUUUUAUGAACCAGUCCCGUCUCACAUCAAAACAGACUACACCAGGUAACUCAGUCCCCUUCCCCAGGGAUUGGAGGAGGGAUGCUUGAAAAUAAUGCUAAUCCAGGGUCCGAAAUUGCGCCUUCCUGGUCGCCAAUGCGACCAAAAAUUCAGUUCUGGCGACCAGAAUUUCGUAGUUGGUCGCCAGCUGGCGACUGGUAAAGCUGGUUGUCAUUGUAGACUUUCACGUUCGGAAAAAAAUGAUUAAGAAUUGAAACCUCAAAGCUAUUUGCCAACAGGUGUCUUACUUUUCGUCCUGCAGAUAUUUUUUUAAUUUAAAAGUGAAACGAAUCUUCCUGUAAAUAUACCUCCACAACAGCUACGAUCAAUACGAGUUGAACGUUUCCAAGCCGCCAAGGGGAAUUUUUGGCGACCAUAAUUUGCCCCCUGGCGACCGAAAAUUUAUACUUGCUCACCAGUUGGCGCCCAUAUUAAAAAGUUAAUUUCGGACCCUGUAAUCAUUUUGUGCCUAGAAUGGCUAACUGGCUUAUUUUUAUUCAUAAUGGUGGAAUUUAAUUUUAACUACUACACAGCCCCGAUUUAAAAAUGGUACUCAUUUUUCUUGUUAUGAAAGUCUCCCAAAAGGGUACAAAGAGUGCGUAGAGCCACCCCCUCCCCUCAGACAAAAUGACCCCUUGGCAGCCCAGUUAAAAUCAGCUUUUGGCGAUUCUUGUUUUCUUUUAAUCUGAUAAUUAUCAGCCAUUCCAGCUAUGACUUUCAGGGGACAUCAUACAUGAAACUGGUGACCAAACUUGUUUGGUCAAGAUAAUGAAAUAUUGGCCUUGCUCUUUUUUUGUGUGUUUUUAUGAAUGCAGUCAAAGUCAAGGUUGAUAAAAACCCAAAAUAAGAAUAGGGCCAAUAUCUAUCUUCACUGAACAGACCAAACAAGCCUUGGUCAAACAAGUAAUGAGUGUUAAUGAAAACUGUAGUGGGGAAAAGAAAGCAAGAACAUACAUGAUGAUUAUAAGUCAACUUUUAACUAAAAAAACUCCAUUCACCACUGAAGCCCUUUUUCCCUAAAAUCUUUUCUGAAAUCUCUUGUUGCAUGGGCAAGAAACCUGAGAAUACUGGGCAUAAGAUAUUGAUAUUGUGCAUAGCCCUGGCGUUAACGACAGUUAGAAAGUUGGUACUCUUCCAAGGUUCUCUUAUCAAGCAAAAUUGUCUGCCCCUGGUGGCUCUUUUUGCCUCCCAGGUUGUUGUUCUUAGAUUUUAUUAAGGAUUUAAGUUGCUGUUAUUUUAGUUAAAAGAUAUCCCUAAGAAACAGUAUAAUUCACUCUUGAAAAACCUAAGUAAAAAGGUUUUAUAGGCAGUGACAUAUGUACUUCUCUUUGAUUAAAAAAAAAUUAAUUGUCUGUUUUGUACCAGUCUUGAAAAUUUUCCCUUUGUUUCAGAUUCAUGAUCAUGAUAUGAAUGAUGGAAACAGAUUAAUGUUGUGUCGCUUUCUUGAAGGGCUGUAAACCCUUUGCACAUUGUACAAUGCGAAUUAAUGUUGCUACACAGAACAAUUACCAGACAUUAUGAUAUUUUUUAUAAAGAUUUCAAUGGUAUCUUCCUUUUAAUUUUUGCUAAAACCUGUGUAAUACACACAAACCCAAAUAAAUGAAGGUGUGUGUAGAAAAUGGCCCAGUUGACUUGUGAUAACCUGGUAGUUUCUCCUGACAAAUUGCAUUGUACGUUGUACAUCUUGUUAACUGAUUCGUUGUAAAGUACAUUGUGUGGAUCUCAGGUUUCUAAAGGUUUUUUGUUUUUCUUUUGCAACUGUUUCCAAGGUAUUUGAUGUGCAUGCAGUUACGUGAUGACAUUAACUCUGGAAGGUGAGUUUUGGGUGACUUACAUUACUUAGUAUCCUGUAUUGCGUGUUUUGCUAGCUUUAUAAUGAUGAAGGUUCUGAGAGAUGGUUUAGGUAGGCUCUGAGUUGGGUAAGUGACAGAUCCCGUGUUCUUUCCAUCUUAGUGAUCACAUAUCUUUAAAUAUUAUAUUGAUCAAUAUAAUAUUUUUUUAGGUUACCAUGUUCAUUUUACAAUCAAGCACUUCUUGGAUCUUAUGUAGUGCAAGGUGAGGUGAAAAUGUGGAUUGAAUAUUGAUUAAUCAUCUGUGCCAUAGCCAGGGCUUCUGAUAAUUCGCGCGGUCGCGGACCCGCGAAAUUCAGGUAUUUCCGCGAAAUCCCACGAAAUUCCCCCAAAAACGCGAAAUCCGCCAGAAAUAUUUCCAAAUACAUGUCGGCAAAACAUAUUUAAUACUUAUCUUGGCUAUUAGACCAGUUUUAUUCACCCCAAACGUCCAAAUUUAGCUUGAAGCUUCGUCACUGCGACGAGUAAACAACGUCCCAAAACUACCAGGCGUUUCUAGAUUAACGUUUCGAAAAACUGGGCACUAACCAUAAUGUUUAUAGCUUUAACAUUCGCUCAUUUCUCGAGCGAACUGUUGUUGAAAGAGCAAAUGAUUAUCCCUGUUAAAAAAAACGUUCACCAACGCUGGUCAUAUCGGCGCCAAAGUGAUCGAUUUUAGCGAAAUUUGCCAUAAAAAAACCCCAGCGAAAUCGGCCGUUUUUUACUAAUUUUUCCUUGGCGAAGUUUCCCCCCGAAAUUUCCCGUGAAAUCGGCCGAUUUUCCUAAGAAUUUGCCCCUGAAAAUCCUUCGAAAAUUGACUUUUUUCCGCUAAAAUCCUGCGAAAUGGGCCGAUUUUUCUGCGAAUUUUGACUUUUCUCCUGCGAAAAUCAACCGAAAUCGGCCGAUUGUUCCGCGAAUUUUGACUUUUUUCCCGCGAAAAUCCCACGAAAUCGGCCGAUUUUUCCGCGAAUUUACCCCUGAAAAUCCCGCGAAAUUUUGCUUUUUUUUCCGCGAAAUAUCAGAAGUCCGGCAUAGCUAAAAUGCAUUAAAGAAAGAAGGACGAUUACCAUUAUACUGAGGACUUGUCAUGAAAACACUGAAAACAGAAGAACAUUCAGUAUUAAUUUUUUUUAUUUACUGUGCCCAUUGGUACAAGGAAAUAGUUACAAGUAUACACUAAGGGAUAGCUAGUGAGACUAUGAUACUCUGUUUUUGGAACAAAAUACCCUACAAUCUGUACAUAUAACCCAGCCUCACCUAAAUUACUGUAAUUAUGGAAGAGAAAUUGCCUGCUCAAUAAAUAACAAGGAAAUGGAUGACAGAAGUUUGAGAUUUGUGCAUUGGGUAUUUUCUUGUAUGCUGUAAUUGCUUUUGUCUGAUUCUUAUGACUGACGUGUGUUUGUGCUCAGGUGAUGUUGGAGAUCAUGAGGCACGUGAUCAUGGUGAUGAUUACUUGGAUGGAAUGGUCUUUGCACCCAAUCAGGUAACACAACGUAGCACUUAACCCUACAGAAAAACUGGUAAAUAAUAUACAUGUACAUAAUAUCUGUGUCAGUUUUGUACAUGAAAAAUAGAAGAAAAUAAAAGUCUAAAAAACACACACAAAAAAAUUAAAGAAUGCUAAAGAAUUUGUUGCAGUUUUUCACUAUUUACUGGUACUUUGUUAAAUUUGGCACGUACAAAAUUGUGACAGUAAAAAGUACAAAACAGUGUCACAUGAAAGUAGUUCUUGCAAGAUUUCACCCACUCAAAAUGUGUAGGUUGUCUUUAGUACUGUUAUUACCAGGUUGUUCAACAAGAAAGUUUUACCAUUAGAAAUUGCUAGUUGCUAGUUUCCUUCUGAAUUGUCACACUUGAGAAGUCUACCCACAGAUAGAAAAGGGAACAUUACUUCCUUAUUCUACAUAUUAUGCCAUAGAAAAGUAUCAUUAUUGAUUCUGUUAUCACAAUUUUGUUUAGACACCUGAAUUAUUGGAAAAAAUCAGGGAACUGCACAAGGAAAAUAGGUGAGUAAUUAUUGUACUUUACUUUGGAACUAAGUUACUAUUCCACAACUUGUGUAUAUCUUUGGUCAUACAGCUGUGAUUUCACGUCCAUGUUAAAUAAGGAAUUUAGCUCAGAAGGACUCCAAAUUAGUUUGAAUUUUAUUUUUCACUUUUCUGUUUUAUGGUAAUGAUAACUAAGUUAGAUUCCCUUUAAACCAAAGCCAGGGUUAAUUCACAUACAGUACAGUCGACACUUUCUAUCAGUCCUAAGUUUACUUGUUCAAGGGUUAAUAACACUAUCCACUGGCUAGAUUUCUAUCCAUUUGGAUAAGGCAAUUGUUCCCCUAAUACUUAUCCACUGGAUAGAGACUUAUCCGGUGGAUAAAAGCACUGUACAACAUUUGAACAACCAUGCCAGGUGUGCAUCUCUCUCGCUCUUAGACAUUCCAGACCCGGCAGUGUCGAACAUAAGAGAUGCUCAGUUGUUAACUGGAGAUUGGUUAUUUUGUUUGUAGGGGUCUUAGCCCUGAAGAGGCUGACUCACAGUACUUGAAGAUUGCAGCUUCCAAACUUGUUAUGUUUGGCGUUGAUGCUCAUCCUGCCAGGGUAUGGGUAACCUUUUUUAUGUCCAGUAUUCCUACUACAUUGUAUAACAUGUUAUGUUAACCCCACUUUCAAAUUAGUACACUUGAAGACAAACAUUGAUAGAGUGUGGUUUUAUAAUGUUGUGUAUGACACUUGGCGGCCAAGACUAAGACUUGACAGACCUAAUCCUAAUUUUGUUUCUUGUUGGGUGUCCCGUGAGUGUACUGGGGAUAAAAAUCAACAGCAUAGAGUACCGAAGUGAUGACGUCAUAAAAAUGAAAUUUGUGAAAUUAUGGGAUUUGUUAAGAUAUUCUGAAAGAACAACGUCCAAGACGCCUACUCGCCAAAAAUUAGCAAUUCGGGCCAAAUUGUCUCUGAGAUAUUAGCCCAGUUAUGCUGUGACAAUUCCAUACAAAUCCUUCUAAAUUUGGCUUGGUUCAUAAGAUUAGGAACCAGGUAAGAUUUAGAAGGAUUUGUAUGGAGUCAUCGGAGGAUAUCUGGGCUAAUACCUCAGAGACAAUUUGCCCCAAAUUGCUAAUUUUUGGCGAGUAGGCAUCUUGGACGUUGUUCUUUCAGAAUAGCUUAACAAAUCCCAUAAUUUCACAAAUUUCAUUUUCUAUGACGUCACACUUCGGUACUCUAUUUGGUGGACGUUCUCUGGCACGCAAAUCUACCCCAGGCCUACAUUUUCCUGCGGGAAAAUAUUGUACACUUCCCCUAUUACCUUCAAAAAUCCUUGAUAUCACACAAAUUCUCCGUGUUGAAAUAAAAGUGAUGUAUCAACACACUUGGUAAUUGUUGUCUCAAAACCAGGUGAUAUGACUUAUGAAUUGGAAUCUGAAAUGCACUUUAUUAAUCUGUGAUGACUACUUUAAGUCAUAAAAAUACGUAGGCAAAAGACAAUUGCAAGCAAGGAUGAAGAGAAUUAAUUUGCACCUUUAGUAAUAGUCAUACCUAGUAGCACUUACAUGUACAUACAUGCACAUGUAUUAUAAUAGUAAAGGAAAAGGGAUUGAAACCCACCAACCAUGAGCAAGGUUUGUGAUACAUCAAUCACUAACAACCAUGGUGGUACAAAUAGUUUGACUCAGUAAAUCGACGCUAUCCCCUGAUGAAGACCUGCAGUGAGCAGUCGAAACGUCGCUAUCAAUAUCAAAGUGACAGCCAUGAGAUAAAUGAUGAAACUAGACCCUUUUAAAGAAAACUGAAUCAAUGCAACUUUCUUGUUCUAACUUGUUUUCCAAACAGUGUUAUUUUUGUGUUCUUGUGAAUAGUAUGGGAGAAAGGGGAAGGAAAAAAUACUUUGUGAACUACUUCUUGUUUAAAUUAGUUAAUUUUUUCACUUUUGUUAUCUACAUUUGUUUAGGAUGAACAAGGCAAUGAGAUAUUGAUUGGUGUUUCACAUGAAGGCGUGGCCACCUACAAGGAUCGACUAGUGGUGAACAGUGUCCCUUGGUAAGAACAGAUUAUCUUGACAUUACAGGGCGUGGUACGUAACUGAGAAGUGGGGCGAGGGUGCAUGAUGUUCAUUGAAUUUAACAUGUUGCAGUGAUGUUUCUGAAACAUAAAGAUAAAAUCCAUUAGAAAUUCCAUUAAGAUGGAAUCCAUUAUACACCAAAGUUCUUCUGAGUAUCCCAGACAUCCAAAGAGUUGAUUCCCUUUACAUAUACAACAGGCAUUGUUUCAGUAGAUGAUGCCCUGUCCUAGACCUAGACUCUUGGACUUUUUAUCACUCCUUAUACUAAGACUAAACUUAUCAGGAAUGUGCCCUUUAUAGCCAUACAAAACUGGUCUUUCUUGCUUUAUGAAUACAUCUAUCAGGAAACUAAUGGCAACAAACCUGUCAAAGGCUCAUUAAGGCUUGUCAAUUGUUUUUAAUUGUUGUGGAUGGUGGAAAUUGUAAAGUACUGACAGAUGUCUUUUAAAGCUGCAAUUAAUUUGAAUUUAGGAAGUUAUAACUUAAGAUGAAUGUCAUUAAUUUUAAAGGCUCAUUAAAGCUUUUAUUCUCCAAAUUGGGAUAAAAUUUGCAUCUGAUGAUGAGUCAUGAAUCUUUACAAUGCAAUGCCAGAGAGUGACAUAAACUUCCUUAGUGUAAAUAAAAACAUUUUUUGAGCUGCUGUGAGCCCUCUGUAGCCUCCCAAAUGGAUAGUUAUUUUUCGACUUCCUCCCCCCAUUAAAGUCUGCUGAACAUUCAAAGGUUUUAGGCAAGUACAGAACGUCUUCCACUUUCUGACAUACAGGACUUUGACAAAAAAUAUUUUGUUGUUACCAGCGGUGGUUUAAAAAUAAAAAUAAACUGAAUGCUACAUGUAUUCAAAACGUUUUGAACAGUAUCUUUUGAAAGGUUUGCACAGCCAUGUUUCAAAACCUCCAAAUAGUGCAGUCAGUACUUGCAUUUAAAAUGUAUGUUACAUAAAAAAAGCCACACCAUGAAUAUAAGGUAAACAUCCAUGCCAGCCUACGUUUCCUUUUGGGCUAAGUAUUAUGCUGGAAUUACACUUAAACUCUGUAGGUGUCAAUUGCAAUUGUUAUAAUAUCAAUGCAGCUCACUAUGAGGCCCUAAGCAUCUGCCUGGGGGGCUAUUUUUCUCCAGAUUUGGAUUAAUUUUGCACCCCAGGAUGAGUCAUGAAGGGUAACAUUCCAGUGUCAUUUUGAUGACAGAAAGUGAUACGAACUUAGUGUAGACACUCUAAUUAAGGUGCUAUUAACCCCAAGGUCAUCAACACUUUAGCACUUCCUUACUCUCAUGUUGGACCAAGAAAUUAAGGAAGUCUGAUCUAAAUUUAAGUUCUCUGUUUCGGAACAUGUUUUAGUGAUUUCUGAUUAAAUCUAUUUAUCAUUAAUUUUAUGUGCUUUUUAACUUGUCUAGGACAAAGAUUGUUUAUGUCAAGUACAGAAAGAGAAACUUUAUUGUUAAAAGCCAUCCAGGGGAGGUAAUGGUAGUUUAUUGGCUUUUCCCCUUUUUGCACCGUUAUGGUUUAAUUUUAUUAUUAUUAUUACCUCGUACUUAUUAUUUUUAGAUAAUGUUACUAUUGUAAUAUUAAAUAAACCAAAAUUCAGGAUUUGCCCCUUCAGCAGAGCUGAUGUCAAUGUGGCUCCUAAUAAAUUAUUUACAAAUUAAAAUACUGAUAAAGAAUACAACAAAAUAUGACUACUUUGAGCCCUGCGUACAAGAAAUCUUCCAAAUAAUGAUCCUUAGGAUCUAAUUGUUAAGGUAACAAUUUUUCUUUUGUAAGAAGAAAGGGACAGACUGUGUCUUGAAAACAAAUCUGCAGCUGUAAGGGUGUGUUGCUAAGGAAUUCUUGGAUUCAAAAACAUACUUCUUCAUUAAUCCCAAAGUGGAUUUUGAAAGCAAAGAAUACUCUGAAUGGAAUUAUUACAUUAUUAUUUUCCAUGGUUUUUGGAUUUUUUUGUUGUUGUUGAAACAAGUUCAUUGCUACAAGUUCAUAGAAUCUGAGAUGACGAAUCUUAUAUUGGAUUCUCCCAAAGUAAUUUUCCCUUAAGAAACAGGGUGUUUAUUACUUGAAAUAAAUGUAUCAGAUCUUUUAAGGUUCAUGUAAAGUAAGUAGUUUUAUGCCACAGGGUUGUCACUAAGAUUUCAAGUUGCCGGGUAAAUACAACAAGUAGGCGGCGAAUCAAAUGGCUAGGGAUUUCUUUGGUUCUAUUUUUCUUCUAUUUUCCAAUAAAAGUAGCCGGAGGGCCACUCUAUUAGUAGCCGGGGAAAAUCCCCGGCCCCCGGCUCUUAAUGACAACCCUGUGCCAUAUAGAUCACAAAAUUAAUAUAAACCACAAACCAGAGCAUUAUGAUUACUUUCCUUGUGCUAGUUAAGAGUAUCAUUUUGAUUAGCAUUUGGCCAUUGUUCUUUAUUUGUCAGUCAGAAAGUUUCUUUUUUUGUUUUAUUAUUAUUAUUAUUAUUAUUAUUAUUAUUAUUAUUAUCUUUUGAUUCAAUUAUUGUAUAUCUAAUUUUUAUAGAAAUUUUGUUCAAUCAGGUUAAAUACAUGUGGGUUGUGGUUUUGAUGGCUUAACACUGUCAAUAGCCUCCUUUUGGCUUAAGCAAGUAACUAGGCCUCAGGGGGUCAACUAACAUCUUUUUUUCUUUUACUCAGCUGGAGACAUUAACCACUACUGCAAUUUAUAAAUUGCCGAGUGAGAAAGCAUCAAAACGCUUGUACAAAUCAUGUGUUGAACACCAUACAUUUUUCAGGUAGGGAGUUGCAUACCUUACUGUAGAAUUACAGUGUAUUUGUGAGCACAUUACUGUUUUUGAUGGCUAGACCAUAAUCUCGGAAGAAAUUAUAUCUUUGCACAUUUUAGCACUAAGGUUCAUUCCUAGAUAGAAUACUUUUAUGUCGCUCUAAUCAUUAACUUUUCCAAUACCCCCAUGAAAAGUGCUCUGCAAAAUAAUAGGGUAAGCUUAACAGAGGACAUACUAUUUGUUUGGAAACAAUUUUGUGUUGUGGGCGUUGUAAAGUGGUGUAAGUCCCCCCGCCUCCAUCGCUUUUUUUCUAGCAUUAUUAUGCACGUUUAUUAAUAAGACUUUAUAUGCAGGGUAACAUCAUUACUGAUAUUACAGUAGUUUGCAUUGUAGAGGACAGAAACUAAUAAUGAUAUGAACAUAUAAACAUGUAACAAUCCUAACUGGUAGCCAGAUGCAAACUAGUUGGCUACUUACAACCCUGUUGGAGGAGUUGAACAUAGGACUACUAUUUAAAUAACAAAUAAUCUAAUUAGCACUCAGGGCAUGACAGACUCAGAGCUGCAUUCAGGGUCUCCAUAUUGCAACUUUUGAUCUCUUACCACAUAGCCAUGCUUCCUCCCUUUACCAAAUUCAUGUACCAUUACAAAACAAAGAAACAUUGUGAUUCAGAAUAAAUUUUCCUUGUAUGGGUACAUAUGAGGGCCAAGACCACAUCUCAAACUUUCAAAAGGUUGGGACAAACCUUGACAUUGAAGACUUGUGCUUCUUUCAUAUUGACAGACUAACAUUUUCUGACCCACAACCAUCUCGAAGUACCUCACUCUUAAAGAUGGGCUCAAAGUUCCGUUACAGUGAGCGUACUCUGUACCAGCUGCAUAAGGAAGGACACCCAGUCAAAGAACAGCCUAAAUUUAAUCGUGUUUCAAGCCUGAACUGGUCUCGUCGUUAUCAAAUGCCUUCUCUGUCAGAAACUAGGAUUUAUGUGGAAGAUGGAAAAGAUGAUCCCAGAAAGAGACCUCUCUCUGAAGGAGAUUUGCCAUUAAGGGCACCUUGGAUGUCAAAAGGAGGAAAGGUGAGUUUGUUGGAAUAUUGAGACUCUUGAUGAGUAUUUCCGAUGAAAUCAAUGUUGUGACAGUUAAUAUUGAUGAAAUGGUGAUCUUAACUUGAAGAUCAAAGUGACAAUCACUUUACCAUUCCGAUAAAGUUUGACAUCAUUAGUCGUCUAAUAAAUGUAUUAAAAGAAAUCAUUAAAUUUGUCGCUUUUCUUAUUUUCUUGUUUCCUUUGUCCUGGUCGUGGUUGCGCAAGCUCCCUGGUUAUGUUACCACGGCUUGAUUGAAAACGCGCGAUGAAAAUGACAUCCGCAGUGAACCAAAGUGAGGCUGAAUAUUGUUGCACAGUAGAAUUACAGCCAUGCUCUGUCAUGCAUGGCUAGUAUUCUUGAAAAUGUCAUUUUAUGUGAAUUGUCUUAUGUCUGAGCAAGCAUAUUUAUUCGGAUAAGCGUCCAACCUCAAAUAAGUGCCCACCCCCCUUCCCCCUCCCACCCAAAGAAAAUUAAGUACACGAGAGUAGUACUGACUAUUAUUUAUUCACUAGCUUACAAUCUCUACAUUCAUUGUCUUGGAGAAUGUUGGAAUUUUCCUCAAAGUUUCAACUCUAAUGUCCAUGUGGGCGCAAAGUUCUUUAAGCCGCAAUAUAUCUCACUCAAAACUCAUGGCAAUAGCUCUGCUCGGCGUUCGCGCUUUGAAUGAUCCUGGGACAACGAGUCCAUUCUCAAGCCUUCUUGAUCCCGUAACUUUUACAGAAACCUCGUUAUCGUCGUAAGCUCUCAGAAAUGUGUAGAUAAGAUAAGACAGUUCCAUGUCCUACAAGCUCAUUAUAAGAGAAACCACAAAAUGAAACGACGAAAACGAACUGUUGAUGUCUCUUGAUAGACCUGCAAAAGGCGCAGGUCAGCGGUGCACCUAACCGCACCCAGUUGAUUUAUGAUCUCCCCCUCUUCCCGGCCCCCUGUUAUCCGUAGGACCUCUCAACAAAGAGCAGUAAAGAAAAAAAAAAACAAGUUUUUUUUUUAAGUUUGCUAUUUGCCACUUCUGUGAUUACUUGCAGGCUCCACAUGUGAUAGAGGAGUCAACAGACACCAUGACACCAGAGGAGCGGGAACAGUAUCAAAGAGAGAUAGCAGAUAGAUUACGCAGACAACAGGCAGGAGGCCAAGACGUGAUCAGGGCCACUGGGGUUGGUGAAGGUCUUGGUUAUGCAUAUGGAACUGCUGAGAGGCGAGACCCACAAGCUACAGUCACUGCACUGGAAGAGGAAGCUAGAAGACGGGAGAAGGAGAGAAGGGAAGAGGAGGAAAGGGAGAGAGAAAGGCAAGAAUGGAAGAGGCGUGAGGAAGAACGCCUUGAACGAGAAAAGGAAGCUGAGAGAGAGAGAAGGCUGCAAGAAUGGAUUGAAAGUGAAAAGAAAAGGUGAUAGUUGGUUUAUUUAUUCUACAUUGUUCUUUAUCUCUUUUAGUGUGCUCAGGUUCAAAUAGGCUUCCUGUUUUUGUUUUUUUAGAGUACAAGAACCACCUGAGGUGGCAGGCAUGGCUUAUACCGCGCCUGGUGGACCUGCUGAGAGGUAUGUGCACAGAUUUUAGUUUUGGACAUUUUCGCCGUGAAUAAGAUCUUAAGCUUGAGAAAACAGCCAACAUUUUGCAAUGCCGCCAUGGUUUCCGCACGAUAUGAUGUCUGAGUAACGCCACAGAAAUUCCAUACUGGUGGUGUGUCACUACUCAGUUCUGGGUAGUGCUUCUGAUUGGUUGAAGCAAAUUGUCCUCACAGCACGACCAGUCAAAAGCUCUAGCCAGGUCUGGGUAGUGGCAUAUCAUCAGUACGGAAUUUCUGCAGUUGUCCCUCAGAUGUCUUUUCUUACACUAUAGUGCAUCGACUAUUAAAGAUGGACAUGUACAGGUUCUUAACUAGCCUCACGUCUGUCUGAGUCUUGAAUAAGGAAUAAGGUAUCCAAAAAAAAGAGAGAAAGGAAAAAUAAAUAAAUAAAAUAUUCAAAUUAUAGAGCAACAUAUACGAUGAAGGAACUGAAGAAAGAGGAGCCCGAGAUGGUGAGCGUGGGUAUGGCUACCCCCAAGAGUGGUGUGGACACCAUUAAGAGAGCUGAAACGAGGGUUGCUGACACGGAUACAUUCAAGGGACGUGUCCUUAAGUUGCCAGAAUCUGAAAUGGUAAGAUGUUGUCGAUUACCCUUUGCUUUUAGAGUUCAGGGCCCGGUUCCAUGAAAGAUGAUGAAGUUUAACCCAGGAUCAAGCCAAAUUUUAAGCAAGGUUUUCUUGGCUAAGAACAUGCUACUCAAAAUAUUGUUGAAUCUUUACUCCGAGAUACAAUAAUGAUAACAAAUCAUGUUACUCUCAGCAAUACAUUGAAAGGUAACAUGCAAAAACGGAACAAAAUUUUAAUUCUGUAUUAGCGCUAAUUGGCCUUUCAGCAAUAUUCUUAGCAGACCGCGGCAAUGCAGCAAUGCGGCAUUGACGCACUUUUUCGGGAAAUGCCGCAGUAUAAUUAGCCCAAGGGGGCCCAAAGGCACAAAGACCCGCUUUUCUCCCUCAUGACCCCCUUUUUGCUUCUCUAUGGCUCCUGUGGACCCCAGUGUAGAAAACCCUGGCGAGGACAUUGUUCAGGAACCACAGUUCGUUUUGGCUUCCUCAGUACUUACGUGGUGUGAUUCAGGGACCCGUUUCUCAAAGUAUGGAUCCCUGAAUACACGAUUCUGAGAAACUUAUACUGGUUUACAGUUAUGAUCCACUGACCACAACUGUUUGUUUGGCAGGGCCCUGAAGUUAGCAGGACUAAUACUUGGGGUGGUGGAAAAAGAGGAGGAGAUAAUGUCACCCACACCCGCACCUACACCAGUGCAACCUUACCCAGCCGUGGAGCGAGGAAGGGUUAUGACAGUAGCAGUCAGCCUGAGGAGGAGAGGAGACGUAGUGCAGAGGAUCUGCUGGAUUCUGAUGAGAGUCGCUCGCGAGGCAAGGUUCCUCUUGUAACAAAGGAUGAGCUAGUGAGGAGUUACACAUCUGGAUCAACCAGCAGCGACACGCUGAGGUUAGAGCAUCCACAGCACGAGAUCAAGCGAUCCCUUAAAGAAGAUCUUAACUUAGAACAUGAGCAAGGUGAGGGUGGCUUUGUACGAGAGAGCAUCAGAAGAAAUGAGGGCUUUAUCCAGCGGCAAUCAGUGCGCAGUGAUCUUGAGAGUGCUCCACCAGAGGUGACUACGCGAACCAUGGUAAUAAACAGUGGAAGAGAACCAACAGUGUAUCGGCAAAACCAACCUCCUGAGGUACAGACCCAAGUCUUGUCAUUCGGAGGAUCUCAAAACGGAGAUCCAGGAGCUUACCAAGGUACUCGCUUUCGUUAUAACGCCUCUUCGCCGGCUAGCUCACCUGAGCCAUAUGCACCACAUACAAGACACUACAAUGUGCCCAGCGUUACCACACAGAGAGUGGUGUAUGACCAAAAUGGACCACCAGUUAGCCCGCCUUCCAGGGGUUAGUGGAAAUUGUUUUGAUCCAACAUUUUUCUAACACACUAACUGUGCACUGCACUGUAACACCUUGAGAAAUGUUGGCUUUCAAACUGUUUGGUUUAACCUGGUCCAUUCGUGGUUGAUAACAUGCUUUGAUUGCUAAUCAAAGUAAUCGCAAUAUUAACCAUUAACCAUUCUCUGGGCAAGAAAGUCAGAGCGUUCGAUAACAAUGCAUUUCCUCAAGAAUAGAGAUAUAUUUUUGUACGCUGAAAUGUUCUCGUUAGUUUCUUUUCAAAAAUGGCUGAAUUAUGUCAUUCCAGACUAAAUCUGUGUCAGGUACUUAAAAAAAUUGAACAGCUUAAAAUGAACUUGUCUUUUGAAGCUUGAAGCUUAAAGCACACAAGUUAGAGAAAUUUGUACCCAACAUCACAGGAAAUCUUUGCCUGAUGCAACUUUUGAUAACUUGAAUUAACGUUUAUUAGUUCUUUUCGUUAUUAUCACUAGGUAUGUUUUUGACGUAUUGGCAAUAACCAAGCUUACCAUUAACCUGAACAUGUUUACCAUGUGAAAAGUUUUGUGAAGGAAUAUUCAUCAUGUCCAGAAAUAGUGAUUGUUGUGAAAGUGUCAAAGCUUCCUCAUAAAAAAGGUCACCAAAACAUGUGCAUAUAUAUGAAAAAAUAUAUAUGAAAAUAUUAUAUGUGAAAAAAGAAAUGACCCAAUCAAAUACGACAUAAUAUGGAAACAAUACAUGCACUAACCUGUAUUUCUGGACAUGAAUGAAAGUGUGCGUAGACGCAAAGAAUUAACCUAGGGGUUGGUAAGUGUCUUGUCGUAGACGUUAUGUAGCCUGAGACCAUUGAACAACAAUAACCUUGGUAUGUGUAAGGACCUUUUAGUCUCGGAAAGAUGCGGUCAGCCAAGAAUGAUACUGCUGCGCUAAAACGUAAUCAAGCAGUGCUGCUUUUAUUUAGAAUAUUUUUUGGCUCGGAAAAAAAUGGAGAAUGUAUUAAAGAACAUGAUACCUAGUCUUCAAAACUAUAUGUCGUUUACAUGUAAAAAGAGUACCAGUUAAAGUAGGGCUACCGUCUGGGUACUGAUUAGCCUGCGAGCAAGCGCGCAAGCCGCGAGAGGACGCGCGAGCAAGUGACUCGCGUCUCCUUUCGCGUGACUGAUCUCGACUCUAACAAAUCGCUCGUAGGCUAGGUACUGUACUGAUUGUUAGAGCAAACUCAAAGGAAAUAUCUGGGUAAUGUUGUGAUCUGCAGGAACCCAGGACGGUGGCACGGUUAUCACUCGUACUAUCAUGAUGGGAGGUGCUGAACCCACAAGAACAGAAACCAUCCGUCAAACCACCAUGCCGACUGAGAUUAUCCAGAAGACCAUUACUAUUGAGGGAGAUGGGGAUCAAUUGACAGCAGAAGAGUUGAGAGAUAUCAUCUCUAAACAUGCAGGAGAUCUUGAGAGCAGUGAAGUGGUUACCACGGUAAGUUUUCAUUAACCAUUAUCCUACCAGAAGUAAAACAAGUUCAGAACAAUUGCAAAUGUCUUUUUUGUAAAACCCGAAGAAAUAGAUAGCAGCAUGCAAAAGUUCUUCCCAAGAGGUUUCAUGUGAAUGGUAACACCAUGGGAUUUGCUCCACAAAUAGAAACGUUGUGAUGACAAAUAAAUCAGCUCACCUUAACUCAUUUAGACUGUUCGCAGUCCCAAUUUUCCUAAGAUCGUCAGGAUCGAGCACUUACCGGCCAUCCUGCUCUCGAUAAAUUUGAAUCCAAAAUGGCUGCCCAUGAGGGUUGGUACUUGAUCCCGACCAUCUUACGGAAAAAAUAGGGGACUGUGAACAGUAACUAACUCAUUGGAAUCCUGACAAAUGUUGUCUGAAACCAUUUUCAGAGCACUGAACGGGGUUAUGGCACACCAUGUACUAUCUUUCUAAAAAGCUGAAAUGAGUCUUCAUAUUAAUUGAAUUCCAAAAUAAUAGAGUGUUUUCACUCACGUGGCCAGCAUCUAUGCUAAUUUAUUGGAACAAAAGAAAGCGUUUGUAUAAGAAAAGAGUUCAAAUCCCACAGGAUUGGUUUGGGACACCAACAUGGCCGCCGUUUCAUUGUUUUGGGACACCAUAAUGGCCGCCGUGACGUCAUGUGAAAACACUCUAGUGUUAGUCCAGUGUUAUUGUUUAAGACUAUUUGGGGCAUCGAAACUGUUCUCUCUUUUCAAGCUUUAAUGCUAUGCGUCUAACAAUCAUUAAAAAACGAGGGUGAAUGCUCCGUGAUGAAUUGUGUUUGAUAUCUUUAGAAAUCCACAGGAGCAUUUUUUUUGGGGUUAAAGCACUACAUGUAACUAAUGAGUUUAGCGCGGAGUUGACCCAAGACAGCAUUGUAUUCGUGGCAUAACCCCUUUGAUUGUUUUAUGUAUGGUCAUAUGAAAUUCCAUUAAGGAUAUGAAGUUAUUUUUGUUCCUUUCUUAGACUUACACAACUAGAGUUCAAGAAGUAAAGCAAACCAAGACAGUGACGGAGACACUGAGAGUUGUGGAUGACGAUGGAAACAUCAUAAAAACCGGUGACCCUGACACUGAUGCUGUAAGUGGGAUUUUUAAGACUAUUUACGAAAACACCGUUUUACUGAAUCGUUACCAGGUGGAAGAAGCCUUUGAAGUUGUAAACGCAUAAGUGUUGUGUGUUAAUCCAGAUUCACAUGCUGUUUUUUUAGGCUAUUUUGGAAGCCAUCCAACGAGCCAGAGAGGAAAAUCCUAACGCAAAAAUCACCGAGGUUGUAAUAACAAGGACUGAAGAUGAAAGUUCUGCGUGAAUGUGAAAACGGUAAGAAGCUAUUUAUGUAAUGAUUAUUAAAGGAACUCGAAAACAUGGUAAUCGAAUUAUAUAUGGCAUAUGAGCACCGUAAUUAUAGGCGUUCUGUGAAAAGUCAGGGAAAAUCUUUGAAAUUGUCAAAGUCAGUGAAAAGUCUGGGAGAAUUGUGUUUUCCGGUUUGUAGUUUAUAAGUUUUCUUCAAGAUUUAGAAAUGCAUUUUCUUCCGGAAAAGACGAAAAGUAUGCUGCAAAGCAAGCAAAACGAUCAAUUUGACACUCCACGUUUGACACAUGUAGUAGUUGUAGUCAAUGGUUUUCGUUGUGAAUGCUUUCUUUCCUCUUUCCGAGAAAAGAAGGAAGAGGUUGAAAAUGAAGAGAAAACUAUCGAUGGCCUGCAAAAAAGGCUAAAGUGAAUGUAAACAUGUUUCUCAUUAAUAAAAGGUCAGUGAAAACUGUUUAAAGGUCAGUGAAAAGUCAGGGAAAAGUCAGGGAUUUUUUAACUUUCUGACGAGUGGCAACCCUGAUAUUCAUCAAUCACUGUGUCCAAACAGCAAUUGUACUCAGUUUCUUUGCAUCUCUAUUUUCUACUAGAAAGUUUUAAAUGUACAACGGGGACAGCAACGCGAACGUAAAAACGCAAAUAGGUUUUGAUAAGUACAACAAUAAUUUUGCAUGUGCUGAACACAUUUUGGUCACUGAACGAUUACGACGUUAAGCUUUCCGAUGCGACUUUUUAUGGAGGAUGUACACACGACGUCCAAUUUUUCUAUUACUUUCUGAAUUAGGACACAGUGUUAAUUCAAUUUCUGUAGGAUUCGGCUAUACAGUUGACAAAUUGGGUGAGAUGGAGUGCUGGUUAAGUUAAAAAAAAACCGCAAAAACACUAUAAGUAACGCUUCUGUACCGUCGCCUUUGUAACAUGGCGGCUUGUUUCGUCGUCGUGUACCUAAACCCUAUUAAGUGAUGUUUUUUUUUUUAUUAUUUCAUCGACAGAAGUAGAAGCUGACCGACACUUGUGUAUUGUUAUUGGCCAAGCCAGAGGGGAUAGUAAAAACGUCGCGUCAUUAAAGAAAUCAUGGCCUCGCCCUGUCAAGAUAGUUGUUGAAAGUUUGCUGUUUUGCUGGAAAGCGGACAUUCUUAACAUAAGCCCUGAAUAGUUAGAUACCGUGUUUGCAUUAAUCAUCAUUCUUAUAUUAAUAGUAACUGUUAAAGAACUCCAUUUUCCAAGCACUUUCCUAGAGUUAGCUUUAUCUUAGCAGAAAGAAAAUAUUAAGCAAUUUUUGUUGACUUCGACCACUAACGCGUAGGAUAGCUUAAUUGAAUACAAUAGUAGUCAUAAUGAUACGGAGGCGUUACAGAAGUUCUUGUCUUUUGUUAUUAGUUAAAAUAAAUUAUUAGAAGUUAAACGUGCCUGAAGAAUAGUUCGUACGCGGAAACAAGCCUUUUAGAGUUUUUUUGGGGUUAAGUUUUUACUGUUUUUAUUCUUUCGAGGUGGACUGUUCAUAGUCCACCAUUUUUCCGUGUGAUUAUCAAGGUCGAUUGUCGAAGAGUAUAAAUUGCUCGUGGGUUCUGGGGGUAGGGUUGGAUAUAUCACCUGCCAUCCCCAUGGGCCUUUUUGCCUCGCUCAUUACUAGAAAUAAAGGCAGCGGUCACUCGAACUCAGCUGUCUCGCUCGACCUUGAAAAUCAGAUGGAAAAAUACCGAGGAGAUUAAGAAUGGUGUACUAUCUUAUUUUAGUACUAAUGUUUUAAGGUGAGGUAAAUAUAAUUGAACGUCCUUUGUGACAUUUGUUUUCUUGCAUUAAAAACCGUUAACUAGUACAUGUAGUGUUGUGCGGAUUAUUUCGAAUCAGUCAUAUUUUAAAGUACCGGUAAGCAUGAAUUUCCAAGGUACGGGCGAAGCAGUGAUAGUGAAUACAGAUAAGCGACAUCAAAGUUCGUCCCCGAUCCUGACGCCUAAACCUUUAUCAAGCGGAUACUAGCCUUAUUAGAAGGUUCCGAAUAGAUUUUUUGGGAUUCAGGAUUUUAAAAUAAACUGGGGGUGAAAUUCGGGAUUGAAAGUAUGCAAGGGAUAAGGGAUGCCGAAGAUAACCAUAGGGAUUACGGCAUUUGUGUUGGAUGACGGGAUUAAAGAACCUUAUUGUGUACCCUCUAAGUACUUUGGCCUCAUUUUUUCUUUAUUUUGAUAAAGCUGAAUAGC